AAGUCAUCCAUUUUAGACUGAUAGAUUUUUCCAAAUAGUCACUCUAUAUCAACUUUCAGAUUACUCCUAACAUUUGAUUUCGAAUGUGAUUCACAAAUGUUGGUAAAUGUAGUUCAAGAUAUGUCAAUCACCAAUUUUAGUUUGCAAACACUAAACUUGGAGCUGUAAACUACCUAUAUUUUUCUUUUUUUUACUUUGUCAAAAGACAAUCCCAUAAUGCCACACAUGUUUUAGCUAGAAGAAGUCCUCCAAAUAUAAUUUUCUUUUAAGAUUGAAUAUUGUUUUCCUAGCUAAUUCAUAUAAUAUAUUUUUUUUUGAAAUUCAAACAUAUUAGAUGUUUUGCUUAAGAGAGUCUAACGUAAAUUUGGCAGUUUUUCUUUUUUUUUUUUGGUUUACAAUGAUUUUAUCAAAUGUUGACAAAAUAAACACAAAAAAAAAGGUGAAGAAAUGUCUUAUUCGUGGUGACAUCUUUUGAUCGGCCCGAUACAUACUAUACGGUAUGGGCCUGACCUUACCCCUUUCUGGUUAUGGAUGUUAUCAAUAGUUUCUUCUUUUAGUUUAAUCUCUCUGUAUAAUUCGAUUUACAUAUAAUAUAUAGUUUCGAUGGUUAGUGUUAUAUAAUGAGUCACAAAUACUGGAAAAGAAUUAUUCUUGAAGGAUAAGAAAACGCGCUUUAAGAUUCCCUCUAUAUAUAUAUAGUACAGCGGAUUAGAAGACAGCUACGAAUCAAAUAAUAUUUCGAGAAAAUAAAAAAAAAGGAAGCAGGCGAUAAUGGCGGAUCAACAAGGAGGUACAAUCGUCGGAGGAGUUCGCGAUGUUGAUGCAAAUGCAAAUGAUCUUCAAGUCGAGAGUCUCGCUCGUUUCGCUGUCGACGAGCAUAACAAGAAGGAGAACGUGACUCUGGAGUACAGGAGGCUCCUUGGUGCGAAAACACAGGUUGUGGCGGGAACGAUGCACCAUCUCACCGUGGAGGUGGCUGAUGGCGAGACCAAGAAGGUCUACGAGGCCAAGGUUUUGGAGAAAGCAUGGGAGAAUCUCAAGAAGUUGGAGGACUUCAACCACGUUCGCGAUGUUUGAUCCCAUACCUGAGCUUUCCAUGCUGGUAAAACACAUCAACAGAGUCCCUGUUUUAACUAAGGUAACUCUAUUUAAAUAAGUGAAUGUGAAUCCAGUCCAUGUGUGUUCUAUUUGAUGGGUGUGUACGGAACUGGUGAUUUGUGUAUGACUUUCCUUUGUGUAUUAUUGCAAGCUGUCACUUUAUAUCUAUCUACCAUGAUUUUGCGAUACAUUAUGAUGAUGAAAGCUAGAAGUAGAUGUAAUCUUAUGAUUAAAGCUAGAGGUGAUGAGCAUCUCUAUGACAGUUAGCAAGAAGAGGGCGAGAGGGACUAUUGGUUACCUAAAAUAUGAGACAUACAUGAUGCAUCCAUCUUCUUCACUGCUUCUGCUUCCUCUUAUCUUUAAAGCAAAUCAAAACAACCCAAGUCUAAACUAGAUAUAACUUUGUGUCACAAUGCUAGAAGCAGACAUUUAUGGAGCAUAACACAACGCUGAAAGAAACAUCCUUCACUAUCGACUCUAUCAUUCCUCACUUUCAAGCUUUUUGACUGAGCAACAAAAUGACUUGUCUAUCAAAGAAGAGUCAACUCGUCUCAAAACAAUCAAUUCGUUUCAUAGCCGGCGGACUAACAAAGCCAACGUUCUUACAGACAAAUAGAUUAAGUUUGGGUCUAAAAAUCUUGUUCUCCGCAGCUGUGUUUUAUCUACAGUAACACAUAUGUGGAAUGAUUUAAUGAACAAUGCGAUUUUGUUCUUAUGAACUGUUUGAUUGACUACAUCUGGAAGCUCUUCCCCCCAUUCUCUUAGUUAGCUGUCGCCGGAUUUGUUUGCUAGGCUCAACAAAACUCCGGUGCUGAGAGAGAGUGCCACAACACCAAGUGAUGCCUCGGUCGAUACAUGGAAGCC